CUACCUGCGCUCAUAGGAAUCUUCCUUGUCAGCGCUCAUCUCUCUCACCUCAGUAACGCUUACGGUGCAGUGGGGUAGGGGUGUGUGUGUGUGUCACUCCUCAACCAUCAGUUACGUCUAUCAGUCAGGUGUGGCUGUGUGUACCCUCACUGUUUGAGGACGAAAGAACAAACGUGUUAUUAGUAUCACAUUGUUAUUAGCACUAGAGAUAAACAGCAACAGUAACAACAAAAAAGUGCUUAUCAAAGAGAGAGAGAGAGAGAGAGAGAGAGAGAGAGAGAGAGAGAGAGAGAGAGAGAGAGAAUCAGGAGGUGCGGUAUAGAAAACUGAACGAGGAGGAACAUCGGCACACACACAGACGGACGCGCGUAGGAAAAAGAAAGAUUCCCUGACUGACUUCACCGCUGACUCAAGAUGGAAAAUAAAGGCUUUCAAGGAGAUGACGGAGCCGAAUUGAAGGAAUGGAAGGGACAUGAGGGCGUCGGCGGCGGUGCGGGCGUGCGGGGGCGCGGGCCGGGCCUCCAGGGGGCAGAGGGCCAAGCUGAAGGCAAGUCACCAGGUCUGGAGGGGGGCAAACCAGCUUCGAAUGACGUUGUUAACCUCGAGAGGCGGGUGGGACUCCUCAGUGGGGGUUGCUCUGAUCGUUGGGACCCAUGAUUGGUUCAGGAAUCUUCGUGAGUCCCAAGGGUUUGCUGGAACGCACCGGCAGCGUGGCGCUCAGCCUCAUCGUGUGGGGAGCCUGCGGCAUCCUCUCGCUACUGGGGGCUCUCUCGUACGCCGAGCUGGGGACCUUGGUGAAAGAAUCCGGUGGAGAAUAUGCCUAUUACCUACAAGGCUUCAGUCCCAGCUCGGUGCGGAAGACGUGGUGGGCGCCAAUACCUGCCUUCCUUUUCGCAUGGGUGUCCGUGUUCCUGCUGAAGCCGUCCAGUCUGGCCAUCAUCUCCCUCACCUGCGCCGAGUACCUUAUGAGGAUAUUCCACGUGUGGAUCCCCAUCUGCCUCACCCCUAUAGUCUCCAUUAAAUUAGUCGCCGUCUGGAUCAUACUGCUGAUCACGUUCAUCAACUCGUAUUCGGUGAACCUGGCAACCCGUGUGCAGAACAUCUUCACGGCGGCUAAGUUGCUGGCCAUCCUGAUCAUCGUGGUGGGCGGAAUCGUGAAGCUGGCGCAGGGCAACACGGCACACCUCGCUAAAGGCUUCGAGGGAUCCACCAGAAGUUUCGGAGACAUAGCCACAGCCUUCUACAGUGGUCUGUGGGCCUACGACGGAUGGAACAACCUCAACUACGUGACGGAGGAGCUGAAGAAACCCUACACGAACCUUCCCCGAGCCAUUAUCAUUGGCCUGCCGCUGGUCACGGUCUGCUACCUGCUGGUGAACGUGUCCUAUCUGGCCGUGAUGAGCAUCGACGAGCUGCUCGCCUCAGAGACCGUCGCUGUGUUUUUCGGAAACCAACUGAUGGGGAAGGCUGGGGAAGUCAUCAUGAUCAUCGCCGUUGCCAUGUCCACUUUCGGUGCCGCCAAUGGCUCCUGUUUUACAUCUGCGAGGUUGUGCUUCGUGGCGGCAAGAGAAGGACACAUGGUGGAUGUUCUUUCCUACGUCCACAACCGGAAGCUGACACCAUCCCCAGCCCUCCUCUUUAAUGCGGCCAUUGCUCUGAUCAUGGUGAUUCCCUCUGACAUCGGCUCCCUCAUCGACUUCUUCAGCUUCACCGCCUGGAUCUUCUACGGAGGAGCCAUGACCGCCCUCAUUGUCAUGCGCCACACCAUGCCUGACGCACCUCGUCCAUACAAGGUGCCAAUCGUCAUCCCAGUGCUGGUGCUGCUCAUCUCCAUAUACUUGGUGGUGGGGCCCAUCAUCGACUCCCCGCAGAUCGAGUACCUCUACGCUACACUGUUCAUCGUGGCGGGGCUCUUCUUCUACUUCCCCUUCGUCUAUCUCAAGAAGUCUCUGCCGGGAAUGGGCCACUUGACGACGUUCUUCCAGCUGCUGUUGGAGGUGGUGCCCACAGACGUGAUGCCGGACGCCUAGUCGGUGCACGUGUGGGCGGCGAGGCGCUUCCUUUGCAUUCCAUGAAGUUUAUCAUUACCAGCAGCGGCAGCCAAGCACGCCUCCCUGGUGAGGUGGCUGCGUGUUACAGUGAUGACAGUGCUAUAAUGACUAUACGCUCCUUAGGGUGGCGAUGGGAUGUACUGCGUAGCGUUUACCAAAUGUUUAUUUUAUAUACCUUGUUCAUCACGAGCAAGUUGGGGUGAGAGAGUGGCGGAGCGUGGCGGAGGGAAGCCGGGGGUGCAAAAUUUAGUGUUGCGGGUCUUUCUCCUAGUGAGAAGUCUAGCGCGAAGGUGUAGGAAGGAAAGAAGGAAGCUCCCUCUGUGUAGUGUUUCAGCCGCCGCUUUAGUAAGUAUCAUUAUUUUAUGUAAUCUCAAAGGUGAUUCUCCAAAUGCGAUUUUAUAUGUUCGAUUUGUACCGUUUUAUUAUUUAAUAAUUGUAAUAUAUAGUUUAUUUAUGUGUUGUAAUUGUCGCGAAUUUCAGCGUUUUUAGCCAAAAAAAAAACAAACUUACGAGGAUUGUAUGAGUACCAGUAGAGUAAAAAAAAGACAAAAUAUAAAAAAAGACAGGGAGAUUAGCAAGAAACAAUACGAUUUUUUUUCCAAGGGAUACAGAAUCAGUUGUCAGAUGAGUGAGAUGAAUGACUAUUUUUUCGAAUUGUGUUAUACUUGUAGUAGAGAAUUAAGUGUGGAAUGUUGAACACGCCACAUCGUAAUGCUAUCACUUAGAGGUCACUUUGUCGUUGUGUGAUGCUGAAGGCACAAAAGACAACUGCUGAUCCCCACUAUAAAAUCAUCUGCUCCACUACAACCACCAUCACCACCACACCAACACCAUCACAGUGACACAGGACACCAAGUAAAAAGAGGAAGAGGGGAAGAAAAUGAGGGAAGAAGAAGAAGAAGAGGAGGAGAAGGAGGAGGAGGAGAAGUUAACAGAAGGCCUUUCCAGAGAAGAAAGAUGAAAAGAGAAGAAAAAAAAAUAACAAGGGAUUUAGGAGGAGGAGGAGGAGGAAGAGAAGAAAGAAGAGGCCAUAUCAUUUAGUGAGUCACUGGAUCAUAUUCUGAAACAUUUCUGUGCUGCACUCAGACUGUUUUCAAAGGCUCUAGUUGAAGUUACACGUGUUUUUAAGGAUGUUUUUACUUUUCUAGUGACGUGUUACAUGAUUUCUACACUAAUAACAGGAGAAGCACUCUUGAAAACCCGGCAGAUCUCCGCAGCCUUUGAAAAUAGUCGUGGCGUGAGAGCAAAGCAUUUCAGAAUACGGGCCAUUCCCACACACAGCACCACACUCCAUAGCACCUCUUAAUCAACACGGAAGCCUUCACUCUGCAAAUCAAAAGCAUAGAUAACUGGAGUAGGAGACUGAGGAGUAUUAUAAUAACUACUUGUCAAGAUACAAGAUCGUACAAGAACAUCAUAACAUUUGCUUGAACAGAAAUAAGAUUAACACUAAUACAUAAAGAGAUUAUAGGAAAAGAAUAUGAUACGUUACUGUGAAGAAAAACUACUUAGGGAUGAGGAAAAGAUAACGAUGUGUUGGGUACGUCAGUGUGUUUCGUUCAUUUCAGUGUCAUUUCGGUCACAUUGAAUUGAUUGAGUUAAUUGUUGUGAACACCAUGUACUCUUAAGCAAUCAAAGUCGCAGUCACAUACAUGCAUACUACAUACAAGGCGUCGCAAUUAUACAUACACAUAUAUUUUUAGGAAGGGUAAUUUUGUCUUUUAGGCGAAGGGCCGAAGUGUUAGGUGACGCUCGUGGACUCCGGAGAGAGAGAGAGAGAGAGAGAGAGAGAGAGAGAGAGAGUCGUCUUUUAAUUUCCCUUUCGAACGUCUGAUCUCUAGUUUCCUCUCUCUCUCUCUCUCUCUCUCUCUCUCUCUCUCUCUCUCUCUCUCUCCGGGGUCCACACGCCAAUGCUCCUCAGAUGAACACUAAGAGGUCAUCGUGAAGAAGGAGCAGCAGUAGGAGGAGGAGGAGAAACUGAGGUGGUUAGGCGACCCAUCUGAGGAGACGAGACGUGAUAGGUGAGCGGAGCAGAUUGUACAAAUUUUUAACGACGUAUUUUUUCUGUGUGUGUGUGUGUGUGUGUGUGUGUGUGUGUGUGUGUGUGUGUGUUUUAACGAUCCGAUAUACAUAUACAGAUACGAGUACAUGCAUACAUAUUACAGUACAUUAAAUAAACAGCAAACAGACUUUUGCAGCCUGGCCGUGACUCAAGCCGUGUUAUUGAUUAGGCUCCACCACCGCCACCACCACAACCUUACCAGUCCUCGCCGUAUCCUGUGUUCCUGUUCUUGCCUCUCUCUUACGUUCACGGCUUGGGGUAUUAGAGAUUAUACUUGUUGUUUUAUCACUAGUACAGGAAGUCUAGGAACCCUGGAAAGAGAGACAGAGAGAGAGUGAGGUUCAAUCAUCAGGCUAAUACUUGGGGAAUUUCAGAUAGCAAGCACUGGUAAUAUCAUACUGAUGCUCAUUGUACACUGUGACCUCUGCCCUUCUCUCCAGGGCAAAGGUCUCUUGUAUGUGUGGAGGGCAACAUCUGGGGUCAGGUCAACUAAUGUGAAUGUAUAUUUUAUUCGUUUUAUCAUGAAUGUUUGUGUGUUUUUAUUGAGUUCUGAGAGAAAUAUUAAUAAAACUAUCCGGUAUUUGUGGGUAAGAAAAAAAGAAAAGUUGUCAAAAUGAGGCACAAUUAUAAUGACGUUUUUAUUGUCAUGAUUUUUGUUAAUGUUUUGUGGUAAAGAAUAUGCGUCACUGUUUCUCAUAUGAAGAUGUAUAGUUUAGCCAUAAUAUUUGGGUUUUAAUUUGUGUAAUGUAUGAGAGAGAGAGUGAGUGAGUGAGUGAGUGAGUCAGCGAGUUUAUUUUACCGGUGUGUGUGUGUGUGUGUGUGUGUGAAGAGAAAGUUACUUUUUUUUUUUUUAUUUAUCAUCACCGUUAAUGCAAUCAUCAUUACAGAACAUUUUGUUUCCUUUGAAGUGGAAGGUUAGAGUGGAAGGUUUAAUCAUACAAAGAUUACCACAAUACACUGGGGCUGCACUGCGUUAUCUGUGAUAGGCUUGAGUGGCGCUCCGGCCUGGAAGAGAAAACCUGUGAUGGCUGAGUUGUGUUUUUCGUGACAGUCGCUCCGGGGAGACUGAUCAAAGUUGGUACGACUAGAAUAUUGAUACCACACCAACAGUUCUCAUAGUUUUGGGGAGACCGAGGCCUCUGUGUACUGGAUGGUGUUAGAUAUAUGCAUUAUGAGGCACAAUUCCAUCUCAAGACUUGUUAGAACUGGGGACUAUAGAGCGUGGACUGGACUAAGCCUUGUCAAUAUCUCUCUUUACUUUUGCUGAGGGUCUCCAGAUUCUCUUUACGUAUACCCUUUGUUAUAAACCUCCAUAUCCAGCAUUAUCUUUGUUUCAGGCUAUUCAUAUAAUAUAGACACUAUUCUAGCAAUCGUAGUGCCAAAUUGUCUAAUAUUGUUGGCUUGGUGCUUGAAACCCACGUCAUUCUAUCAAUUCGCUAUCUAUUCCGGUCCAAAAUGUAAAGAUUUCCGUGAUUUACAAGUUAUCUUUCACUUGGCGAAUAUUUAAAUUGUAAUUAUAGAUAGGUAGUUUAAUUUCUGUUUCGUGAAAUUUAUCAUCAGUUACAGUAUCAACCACGCACCCAAGCUGUGUGAUAAAAUUAUUAACUAGGCGUUCCUGGGUAUCGAAUUGUACUAUGCAAGAAUAAUGGGAUAUUUUCAGGCGGCCUUCAUCGUUAUGGCAGAAAAGACAACUCUAAAACUCGCAAUCUCCCUUUAUUAAGUUAGAUAUUGAGAGUUUGGAAGGCUUCCAUGGCGUGUGGCUUCAGUUCACAAGCGUCUGCUGGUCUACAUUCCCGGGGCGGCUCCGAGGCAUCUACUUGUAAGAAAAGAAAUGUGUAUGUAAAAAAAAAAAAAAGAAAUAUUUAUAUUGAAAAUUUAUAGAUGUUAUAAUACUGUAAAUCACUGUACGGGACUGAAUAAAAAAUAUCAACUA